CACCAUGGCUGACACCAGAAUACCGCACCAGCCGCUAAAGCUACUAGACAACAAGACUGAACACAAGUUUGCCCUCCCGGCGAAGUGUAUUCAUGACGGCGAAGAUGUCUCGUUCUUUCUCACUACGAAGGCGUACAGCGAUAUCAUGACUUUUUUAUUUCAGUUGAAUGCUUCUAUGUUUCCAAGAAAGGCUACACAAGAAGAUUCAGUGUCACAGACCGUAGAGGCCUGGAAGCUGAAUGAUCCCAGAGUCCCCUUGUCUCCAAUAACACUUAAGCUGAGCCAGCUCUUGGAGAAACUGGCUAGCUUUAUCGAUGAAGUACCCCCAGAUACUGGGCCGCGCAGAUUCGGCAACGUCAGCUUCAGAAAAUGGUAUGAGUUGGUUAAAGAGAGGCUGCCGGCGUUGAUGGAUGAAUAUCUUCCUGCUGAGAUCUUGGCUCUAGGUGGUGGCGAUUCUGAAGGCACGUCUGCUAAAACCGAGCUAGAAGCCUAUCUGUAUGGCAGCUUUGGCAGCUCUCAGCGGCUAGACUAUGGCACUGGGCAUGAGCUCAGCUUUCUUGCCUUUCUUGGCUGCUUGUGGAAGCUCGGCGCGUUUCCUCGAACAGAAUCUGGUGUGGAGGAGCGAGGCAUUGUGCUCGGCGUUAUUGAACCCUAUUUACAACUGGUUCGGCGCCUAAUUCUGACGUACACACUCGAACCGGCGGGGUCUCACGGCGUAUGGGGCUUAGACGACCAUUCAUUUCUUCCUUACAUCUUUGGCUCUGCACAGCUGUCUCCAGCAAUACGUGCCCCGGCAGAUAUACCCGCCGAGGGCUCGUUGCCAAAUGCUCCCAAUCCUCCUGAUGUGGCAAAGGCCGAUGUUGUUGGACGCGAAAGGAAGACCAACAUGUACUUCAACGCAAUUGGCUUCAUCUACGACGUCAAGAGAGGCCCGUUCUGGGAGCACAGCCCCAUUCUGUUCGACAUUUCGGGAGUCAAGGCAGGGUGGGCAAAGAUCAAUAAGGGUAUGCUGAAAAUGUAUAAUGCCGAAGUGCUGUCGAAGUUUCCAGUUGUGCAGCAUUUCCCGUUCGGCUCGCUCUUCGCCUGGGAGAAGGACCCUGCAGCGUUGGCCAUAAACGCUUCGGUGCAUACGACAAGCCAGCCCACGAGGCAGACGACGGUGACGCAGUCGAGGAGUGCGCCGCUGCGAGAUGCAAUGCAAGAGGGCAUGCGAGCUCCAUGGGCUGGUGCGCCAACAUGGUCCACAGCAGGAACGGCGGCGCCGUGGGCAACAACACGCGCUCAGUUGCCCGUUCCUGAUGGCCCGAAUCAGCCGACUAGAGCGCCAUGGGUGUCUGCUACAGCAGUGCCGCCGCCCGCUUCAGGAAAUGCAACGGCGGCACCGUGGGCAAGGUCGGGCAGGAAGCCUCCCAGGAAGCCUCCGGCGUAGAAUAUGGAUUGUCCAGCGCUCAACGGCAUGGGAUGCAUCAUGGGGGAUGCAUCAUGGAGGAUUGCAUUGCGGCGGAGUACUGCCAUCAGGGGUCGGUAUCAAGCAAGGGUGGGUCCAGGACGCGUCGUGCCGGGCCAAGCAACGGCGACAGGGCGUGUACA